UUUAAAAAAAAAACAAAAAAACAAACUGCGCCUCCGGUCCCACCGUCCGCCGGCCACGUUAAACUCCGUCCCACCAAUCCAGCACGUUAUCCGGCGAGGACUCUGCCUCGCUACGCCGUAACUCAUAUCGGCGGGGCUCGUCCGCGCGGGCAUGGUCCGUUUUUUGUUUGUUUUGUUUUUCCUUCCCCCUCGCGAAGUUGCACGCGGAGAAAGUUUUGAAUGAAGAUCGCGCGCUCCGCGCCAUAAGUGGGCUUGUGAAGGGGGGGGCAGUUCGGGGUCGUCCAGGCUAUCGGAUCUGCCUUUAUAACCAGACACAGGCGCCCUGUCGAGAGCAGAGCGGAGUGGACUCUCCGGCGCUAUCGCCCGGAAUACAUAAAUGUGUAUAUAUAUUUAUAUAAGGACGGAAAAGUUUGGACGCGGAGAAGAGGCUCGUCUCAUCCCGGGUCCGGGUCGGUGUCAGAGUGUCCCGUCGUGGCAGACUGCGCACCGCUGGACGACUUCACCUCUGACUACCCAGUCUUGAUACCGCCUGCCGUGCCCUCUGGUCUGUAGGCAGACUUCGCUCGCUUGUUUAUUUUUAAAAAAACAAAAAAGGCGCACGCGGACAAUUCUUCGCAAUGGAUAAAUACGAGGAUCUGGGUCUGGAGGCGAGCAAAUUCAUCGAAGACUUGAACAUGUACGAAGCCUCCAGAGACGGGUUGUUUCGGAUGAGGAGGGAAGCCGUGAACAAUCCCGAUUUUGAGGAGACGCGGAAAGUGUUCGCCUCCAAAAUGACGAAGAUUCACAUGCAGAAGCAACAAGAGGAGAUGGCGAGGAACAACUUGGCCGUGAGGAUGAACGGAGGUCACGGCAGUACGUACUACACCAAAGACAGACCACCCAUCAACAGCUACAGACAGGCGGGUGAGGCGGCGGCGAAACCCCCCAUCCUCUCUGCUCCCGUCCCGGGCAACAUGGGUGGCCAUCAGUACACGCAAUAUGACCAGAAACACCUCCCUCCAGGCCUUCUGUCUGAACUCUCCACCGGCAGAGCUUAUGGCUAUGGAAAUAAUUACGAUAAUAAGGAAGGUUUUGAGCAACAUCCUUACCAGAACCACAUCCCAACUCCCUCCAACCCAGGAAACUUGUCUAACAGUGUGCCCACCCAUGCUGGUCACCCAGUCGGCCCAGCGGGUGCCUGGACUGCCUCCAGGGGAAGCCAGCUCUCCCCCUCAUCACCUGGAAGUGUACUCGGACACAGCCCAUCUCAGCGCUCUGCUCCAUCUUCUUCCACCGGCAGCCGUCUCUCUCCCAACUCCACUUUGACCCCGCCGGCGCGACAGGGUCCCUCGUCCUCGUCAGCCGGGGCUGCCAAGGGACAGGCGGGAGAGCUCUCCAGACCAGGAAAGCCAGAUGUUGUCUCUGCCUUGCCUUUGAGUGCCUUCACUGGCGGAGCUGACUGCCACCUUCAGCAGCCCUCCACCCAGCCUCCCCCCGUAACACCACCUGCAGCCCGUUACUCGCCGCCUUCUACAGCCUCCAGAUCAUCUGCCGGCCAGGCUAGCUCCUGUCAAAAUGGCCUCCCCCAAAACCGCAGCUCUCUUCCUCACAUGGCAACCUCAUCCCCAAACCAAGCGGCUCCACAAUCUGAAUCAGGUCAGCAGAAAGCCCAGGUCCCUACCUCUGCUUCGGCCUCCGCCGGUGUCCCCAAAAGCAUCAACCAGGGUCAAGGUCAGAGCCAGGUGUUGGUCCCUGGACAGGCGUCCUGUGCCGUGGCCGAGGGCCCCAGCCUCUCCAGGCCAGUCAAAGUGCCCUGCCAGUCUCUGGCCCCUGAACAGGGGCCGUCUGUUGCUGAAAUAAAAUUAGAAGCUCUCACUAAGCGGCUGGAAAAAGAGAUGGAUGCCCAGCCGGCGGCAGACUACUUUGGAAUCUGCGUGAAGUGUAACAAAGCGGUGUUCGGAGCCAACCAGGCCUGCCAGGCUAUGGGCAGCCUCUACCAUGACAGCUGUUUUACCUGCAGUGCCUGCAGUCGACGACUGAGAGGGAAAGCCUUCUACUAUGUCGGCGGGAAGGUGUUCUGUGAAGAGGAUUUUCUAUAUUCUGGUUUCCAGCAGUCUGCCGACAAGUGCAACGCAUGUGGACAUCUGAUCAUGGAUAUGAUCCUUCAGGCCCUUGGGAAGGCCUACCAUCCCGGCUGUUUCCGCUGUGUCAUUUGCAACGAGAGCCUGGAUGGAGUCCCCUUCACGGUGGACACCGAAAAUAAGAUUUACUGUGUCAAAGACUACCACAGGGUCCUGGCCCCUAAGUGUGCCGCCUGUAACCAGCCCAUUCUGCCCUCAGAGGGGUCCGAUGAAACCAUUCGAGUCGUUUCCAUGGACAAAGACUACCAUGUGGAGUGCUAUCACUGUGAGGACUGUAAGAUGGAGCUGAACGACGAGGAAGGUCACCGCUGCUACCCCCUGAAUGGUCACCUCCUGUGCCACUCCUGCCACCUGAAACACAUCGAGCCCAGCUGCUCCUCUCCCACCGCUGCCCCUUCUUACCAUUGCGAGUUUUAGGGGAAGAGCGCCACCUCGCGGGUUCAUGAAGGAACUGCCAAAGAAACUGACUGUGACGCAGCGGUGGACGAUAAACGCUCUCGUUUGGGGAGCUGAUUUCUUUGGAGUUAUCACAUAAACUUCCCGAGUGUUUUCUACGGAGUGUCCAUUAUGCAAA